AUGUCCAGACCACACUCCACCUACCACAACUCGUCAUGGCCAUCUAGCAGCGAUCAGCACCGUGCUCCUUCCAACCACCACCACCACCACCACCACCACCACCAUCAACAGCAGCAGCAACAACACAUGGCUCACUCUGCAUACUCUGCUUCCGCAGGGCCUUCCACCUACCGUGCACUCUCUGGUCCUUCCCACCCUCACUCGGAACCACGGCCUCGCCGAAGUGCCAACGCCGGUUCUUCCACCUCGCCCUUGCCACCCACCUUCGCAUCGCCAGCACCUGUCCCAUCCAGUCAGCCUGAGCAGCCCAUCAUCCGCACCACCCACAUCACUGCCGACGGCACCACCAUCUACGCUGCCACUGGCCGCAAGCGCAAGCGUCUCCAAAAGGCUUGUGUUGCUUGCCACAAGGCCAAGCGUCGCUGCGAUGGUGGUCUUCCUUGUUCCAACUGUGACUUCUCCGGUCGCACUUGUUGCUACUCGGAUGCCAACGGCAAGAUGGUUCUCCCCACUGCUCGUGUCGCUAAUGAAGGUGGCCAGUCCAGUACCGCUCUCAGCCCUGGCGCUCACUCUGGUGCUACUCUUCGCCCCACUGAAGGCUUGACACCAGCAUACAGCGGUGCCCCAUAUGCCCCCGCCCCAAGUGGCAGCGACGUCUCUGGCCGCGUUCGUGCCAACACCCUCAGCUCCAAGUCCAGCCCCCAGUCUCUGGGCACCAUCAGCUCCCGUCUCGAAGGUCUCCUCACCAUCGACAAUGUUGCACCUGAGCGCAGGAGAGAUCUCAUCAGCAUCUUCUUCUCCCAGAUUCACCCUUUCAGCUCUGUCAUGGACGAGAUCUCGUUCCUUCGUGAUCUCUCCACCUCCGAGGUGCCCGCUUACUUGUUGAUGGCCAUGUUUGCUCUCUCUGCUCGCUACGAGCAGGGCAUUAGUGAGGCUGAGCGCGAGCGUCGCUUCUCCCACGGCGAGGCUUUCGCCCGCUCGGCUCGUCGCAUGCUUCAGGAAGAGGAUCAGGAUGGCUUCACCCUUCUCGACCGUCCGGACGUCGACCUUGCUAUGACGCUCUGCUUCCUUGCUGCACAUGAGCUUGGCAUGGGCCGCAUCCAGCGUGCACUCUCCUUCUCCAACGAUGCAGUCCGCAUCAUUGCCACCCUUCGCCUUGCUGAGGGCCACCUCCCUCCUGCCCGCAAGAACGGCUACGCUCAUGACUCGUUCUCGUCGUCAUCCUGGCCUCGUCGCGCUACCUGCGAGCGCCUCGUUCUUCUUGCCUGGACCCUCGACAUGACCAUUUCUGCGCUUGCUACCCAGCCUUCCAUGGUUCGUCGCUCUGAUGUCCUUGCCGCUGCUCGCAAGUUUGGCACCUCCGGUGAUGAGACUCGCGACGACGUCACCAACUCAUUCGCUCGUCUUGCCGAGAUCGCCACUGUCUUCGGCCUGGUCCUUGACGCCAACGAGCCUUGCAGCAAGGGUGAGGAUGCUCUCCAGUCCUGGGCUGCCGCGCUCGUUGUCGAGCACAAGUUUGAUGACUACAACAUGAAGUCGGCCAGCCGUCUUCUUGAGGAGCCUGAGGCUAGCGCCGCCUCUCACCGUGCCUGGUUCUGGGCUCAGAUGCACCUUGUCGCUGAGUGCUCUGUCUUUCUCAUGCAGGCUCGCCGUGCUGGUGGCCCCCAGGGAGACCGAGGUCAGCAGAAGGCAGCCCUUGACAACAUCCACUUGAUCUUGUCCGUGCUCAGCAUCACUGGUCGUCGCAACCUCUUUGCCUUCCCUGCCUUGCUCAUUUGCACUCAGUACAGCCGACCUAGCCCUGACGCUUCGCGAUGGUGGACUACCGCUCGUCAGUGCUGGAACUUGGCCGAGCACCAUAUUGCCGAAGCCGCUCGGUUUUUUGUCCGACCCAGCAAUGACGCACCUUCCCCAGGCAGCGGUAGUCCUUCCGCAGCAGGUGCAACAGAGUCAUUGACGCUUCCUCGUCUCUCGAGCUCUUCCAUCGGUAGCAGCUCUGGUCGAGCCGGCGCUCCUGCUUCUUUGCCUUCGAUCUCUAGAUUGCCUCUUCCAUCUCUGCGUCUCUCGCCUCCUCUCUCUGCUCCCAUCAGGGACUCUGAGCUGCGUCGCUCCCCCGAAAGCACAAAGAUCGAGGCUGCUGCAUCCUGGCGUUCUGCGUCGUCGGAUGCUGGUGCUCGCUACAACCGAUCAUCCAUUGGUGGUAAGAGCGAAGAUGGUUCCGACGGUAGCAGUCCCGACUCUUCCUCGAUCUCUCCCAGGUCUGCACCUAUGGAGAUCGGUGCGGACGAGUACCUGCCUGUGAUCGCAAGCACUGCUGCUCACGGAGGCUCCCGCUCUCCUCCUAUGGUCUCGGCAAACACUUUUGCAAAGGACCCAAGGAACUCUUGGUCACCGAUCACUUCGUUGAGGGGUGACAAGAGGACUGUUUCGGCUAUCUCUAGCUAA